AUGGCAGAUGAUACUGCAACUGCAAUUUUGGGGGACUCUUCCUACUUCAAAGACCCACCGUCUACUGAAGAUUUGUCUAAUUAUGUUAAUGAGUUGAUAUCCACAUGUGAUGGCACACUGCAGCAAUGGCGCUUGGGAACAGAAUCUCAUAAAUGUGAUCAAUAUAUCAAUUGUUUAGAUGGUUUAAUACAUGAAACGUUGCUAGUUGCUGAGAAACGAUGCAGGCUGGCCUGCGAUGGUAUUUCAAAUAGCCGCGUAUGCAAGUAUAUAAUACUUAAAUUAUUUGAAACGGGCGAUCUUGACAAAACAUGUAAAUAUAUCACUAUUCUUUGCAAAAAAAGAAACCAAUCUAAGCGUUGCAUUAUUGAAAUUGUCACAAUGUCUAUGAAUUGGAUUUACGGUGAUGAUGUUCAGUUGGAUAACAAAUAUAAACUUAUCGAAGUAUUGUGCAAUGUUACUGCAGGAAAGAUGUUUUUGGAGGCAGAAUGGGCAAAAUUGCUUAUGAAACAGUCGCAGAUGAAGGAACUAGAAGGUGAUAUCAAGGCGGCUACCGAAAUUCUUCAGGAUGUGCCGAUUGAAACAUUUGGUUCUGUUUCUAAAAAGUACAAGGGUGAAUACAUUCUGGAACAAAUGCGUCUACUCCUGCUCAAUGAGGAUUAUAUAAGAUUUUAUAGCUGUUCGCAGAAAAUAAAUGAAAAGCUGUUGUGCGGUGAUGAAUUCAAGGAUAUGAAGUUUCUAUACUAUAAAUACAUGAUUCAAUACUACGUACACGACAAUGACUACUUUAAAGUUUCCAAAUGCUACUGCAAGAUUCUAGAUACUCCAGAUAUUCCAGAGCAGUUUAUUCUGGACAACACAUCUCAUUAUUUGUUAUUCCUCAUAGUAUCCAACCAUUCAUCUGAAAGGACUGAGUUACUAAAGAGUGCAAAGACAGAUUGCAAGGGAGUUAGCAAGAUCCCCAUAUUGGUCAAUUUACUGGAUCAAUUUUUGUCGCAAAAUUUGAUAACUCUACCAUUCAAUGACGAGAUGAACAAAUACAUACAAGAGCAUCAAUUAUUCCAAAACACUCCCUUUCCAAAGGGCGACGAACGACUAAAGCUGUUACAAUUGCGUGCGGUGCAGCACAAUAUACAGAUAAUCCAGCAAAAUUACACCAACAUAACAAUUGAUCGCCUGGUUCAACUUUCCAGGUCCACUGCAGAAGAUAUUCUCCCUCAAAUCUUCGAAAUGGUUAACUUGGGGCUCAUUACUGCUAAAAUUGACAGGCUUAACAACACAAUCGACUUUAACCCAUCAAAAGACCCACAAAAACUGCUGAAUGAUUGGUCGGAACGCGUACAAAAAGUGUUGGUGAUGAUUGAUGACGUUUGUAGACUAAUUGAAAAGGACAAAAUGCUUCAGGAUGCCAAAGAGAAGAGGAUCAAAUUGGAGCUCAUGCUGGACUCAUAA